UCAGUAACAAAACUUAUGCACAAUUCAUUGUUAUGAUAUUCCGUUGAUAUGGAUACCAGAAGUGUAUAGUAAUAUGUUCCUAUCUCUUCACUUUCUUAACCUGGAUAAAUUCUUUAAAUUAUCUACGAUUACUAAUUUUUCGUUUUGUAUCUAAUUAUUCCGACGAUUUUCGUGCCUUUUGCUUAACAAAUAUGGAAGCUAAUUGCGAAUGUCAGUAUACAUUGACGUUAACGAACGAAGUAGUUCGAGGACAAUUUUCUGAAACGAAAGAUAAUUUUAAUCAUGUACCCAGUAUUCACGAGGUGGACGAAGAAGAAACUGAUGAAGAAUACGUUUGCGAUCAGGAAUUGACAACACUUAAAGAUGUUCAACAUAACGAAGGUCUAACAAAAGAUACUGCAGACGACGAUUCAAUUUACAGUAAUGAAUCAUUUUGUACCGACGAAUCUUGCGACGAGUCCGAAGGGACCAAUAUUACAUCGAGAACAUUCAACGAGACUAAUGUUUCGUCUAAAAUUACUAAUCAUGGAUACAAGAAAGAAGAUAACAAAGACGACCUAAAAAGAUGCAACAGCGUAACGCAAGAUGACGAAACUAUAAAUUCGGUACGUUGCUGCAGUUCAAUAACCGAAGACAAAUCUACAGCACUUAAACUAAUGAAAAGCAAAAGGAAGAACAUGACCUUCACAGACGAAGAACUUAGGAAAAUAGAAUGGGAAAAUCAGCUUCUUUUAAAAAAGAUAAUGGCUCAACAAAGACCAAAGGAGAAACUACUUCAUCAAAGUGUACCACAAUUCCGAACAAGCAGUUCCGAGAUAAACAGAAGAAAAUUGCAGAAGAAAAUCGAAAGUGAAAAUAUAUUGCUCCUUCAAAGAUUACAACAUACUAAGCCACGAGUUACGAGCACCAUGGUAAAAUCUGGUUGCAGACAGACAAUUUUAUAA